UUUCAGUUUUGUCCUCUUGCAACUCCUGCACCUCUCUACUCACUAUAGUAGCAGUGACCACACAAGCUUACCUGAGCUUGAGAGCUCAGCAUUAUCUUCUCAGUCUUGUUCUCCCUUCACAGUUUCAGAUUUAUGCUCUUUGGCUGUCAAGACUCGAGCAGUCUGUUGCCUUCACCUUGUGCUUAUGUUGAGGAUAGAGGCUCUGUUGUAUUAUCCUGUCACAAGGCCAAGAUGGAAAAUUAAUGCUAGUCAAGAUGCCACGCAAGAAACUGGCCUGAUUGAUGCAGAAAUUAAUUCUUAUGCCUAUAGUGAAAGGAAGAACAGGAAAUACAACGGCGCCUACAUCGAUAAAGAUGGUGUAUCAAGGACCUUCGAUCGAAAGAAAAUAUCAAGAAAAAGGGGGGGUGCUAUGAGAGGCCGGGGCUGGAAGUAUGGCUCUGGUUUUGUAGAUGGAGUCUUCCCUGUGCUCAGUCCAAUGGCACAGGAUAUCUUAGAAUUUGUUCAGAAGGGAACAGACGUUGCAAAAAUCUGGGAAUCUUUGGAUAACAUUCCUUCCACACACAAUCUUUUUGAUGAUCUUGUGAAUGUCGCUGUCCAAUUCCGUAUGAACAAGAAAUGGGAUCUGAUCAUUCCAGUCUGCGAGUGGAUCCUGUACAGGAGCUCAUUCCGUCCUGACAUCAUCUGCUACAACCUGCUCAUAGAAUCCUAUGGCAAGAAGCGUCAGCUGAACAAGGCAGAGUCAAUCUACAUGGCUCUUCUGGAAGCUCAGUGUGUGCCAACUGAAGACACCUAUGCUCUUCUCCUGCGCGCUUACUGCAACGCUGGAUCGCUGCACCGAGCAGAAGGCGUGAUCUCGGAGAUGCGCGAGCACGGGAUUCCUCCAAAUGCUACUGUAUAUAAUGCUUACUUGGAUGGAUUACUGAAGGCAAGAUGUACCGAAAAGGCGGUCGAGGUGUACCAAAGGAUGAAGAGAGAACGGUGCAGAGCUAACACGGAGACAUUCACCCUGAUGAUCAAUGUGUACGGGAAGGCAAAGCAACCAAUGUCAUCGAUGAAAGUUUUCAACGAGAUGAAGUCGAUUGGGUGCAAGCCUAAUAUCUGCACUUACACUGCCCUGGUGAAUGCAUUUGCGAGGGAAGGCCUGUGCGAGAAGGCUGAAGAAGUGUUCGAGGAGAUGCAGCAGGCAGGGCACGAGCCUGACGUGUAUGCUUACAAUGCCCUCAUGGAAGCUUACAGCCGCGCUGGAUUGCCGCAAGGCGCAUCGGAGAUCUUCUCCUUGAUGCAGCACAUGGGGUGUGAGCCUGACAGAGCUUCAUACAACAUCUUGGUAGAUGCAUAUGGAAGAGCCGGCCUUCAUGAAGAUGCGGAGGCGGUGUUCGAGGAGCUGAAGCAGCGGGGGAUGUCGCCGACGAUGAAGUCCCACAUGCUGCUGCUGGCGGCGCACGCCAGGUCCGGCAACGCGACGAGGUGCGAGGAGGUGAUGGCGCAGCUGCACAAGUCCGGCCUCACCCCGGACACCUUCGCGCUGAACGCCAUGCUCAACGCCUACGCCCGCGCCGGCCGCCUCGACGACAUGGAGCGCCUCUUCGCCGCCAUGGAGCGCCGCGGCGACGCCGACGUGGGCACGUACAACGUGGCGGUGAACGCGUACGGGCGCGCCGGGUACGUGGGGAGGAUGGAGGCGGCGUUCGCGGCGGUGGCGGCGAGGGGGCUCGCCGCCGACGUGGUGACGUGGACGGCGAGGAUGGGGGCGUACGCGAGGAGGAAGGAGUACGGGCGGUGCGUGGGGAUGGUGGAGGAGAUGGUGGACGCCGGCUGCUACCCGGACGCCGGCACGGCGAGGGUGCUGCUGGCGGCGUGCUCCGACGAGCGCCAGGUGGAGCAGGUCACCGCCAUCGUCAGGUCCAUGCACAAGAAGCCCAAGACACUCUUCACCAUAUAAUAAUAAAAAAAAACCCAACACUUUGCAUAUAUAAUUGCAUUAUUAUUACAUGUAUAAUAAUACAGUAUAAAUGUACAUUACAAUACUACCUUAGUUUUCUUUUAAUGUAUGCCGCCAUUAAUUCUAAA